AUGGCCGACGCGUACCUGAAGUCCCCCGCGGCUGCCUCCACUCUGGGUGGCCAUGCUCGGUGCCCCGGCCCGCCCUCCCCCAACUGGACACCGUUCUAUCUCAUCUCCAUCUUCAAGGCCAAACAGUGUACGCCUGCUGACAAUGGUCACCCCCACACCCCCCUCUUCCCUCACCUCGACUGCCCACCAGAUUCCCCCAACACCUCCCUACAACACUUUCCCCUCCUCAUCUACCGCUCCUGCCUGCCCUCCACUCUCACGCACGAAGAGGCAGGAGGGUUCUUCUCCUCAGUCGAGGUUGUCAAGCCGGACGGGACAUCCCCCAUGUCAUUGAUCCCCAGAUGA